AUGCCUCGCGCCAGCGCGUGCGGGAGCUCCUGGCUGAGCGUUGAGUCCAGGCGAGUUGCGCUGGGCUGGCCACUAUUGCUACGCCGAGCCGAGCUGACGCGCCGAGGCGCCGGCCAGUCGCAGCCUCGAACCACCACGCUGAGCGAGCCCGUGCUGGCGGCGGGCGCGACUCGGCUGGCGGUCGUCGACACGGCCGGCUUUGGCCUGGGGGACAAGGCUCUGACAGCGUUCUGA